CAUCGUCUUGUUUCAUUGUGUAUGUCGACGGGAAAUGUGUUUUAUCACUUAUUUGUUGUUUCAAAAUUUAAUUUCAGUCAACAUAACGGCUGCCUCUGUGAUGGUGUGGAUAGCAUGCUUGGUAAUUGCUACUGAAGCUGGCCCAUGCAAGAAAACCAAUCACUGUUCAGACUGUGACAGAGAUUCUGGGGAUUGCCUCACUGACUGUGACACUGGAUAUUACGAUCGGUAUUGCAACUCUACCUGCAGCAAGAACUGUAGGCAUAACACAUGUGUGACCUCAAGCCAUGGUGGUGCUAACUGCACUGAGGGCUGUGUGCCAGGAUACCAAGGCUUCAGCUGCAACAUACCAUGUGACAGUCCAGGAGGUGGCUGUACAGCAUGUCCAGGUGGUUGUGAUGGAGGAUAUUGUCAGCUGGGCUCCUCCUGUAUGUCUGGAUGUGUAGACUCCUACUUCGGGACUGACUGUGAUGUUGGUACAGUUGUUGGUAAAGUGGGACUAUAUACAGGGCUGUCCGCAGCAGCUUUCGGUUUCAUCGUGAUGGUCGUUCUUGUUGUGUGCUGCAAGUACCGUCAACGCUUGAGACGAAACAGGUUUCAGCAGUACGUCACGCCAGUCCAGAGCACACCUGUGUCAGCAGACGCCAUUGAUGCUCGAGAAUAUGCCGUCGUGGAUGAAGCAGCGAUGUAUGAUGCGCUCACUGCAGGGGGACAACCAGCCAGCGACGGUUAUGAGGAACUGAGGUCGGUCCACCGUUCAGACAUAUCACGUGACCUGGCGCAUUCGUACACAACUGAACCAAGAACCACAUCAAUGUGAGCGUGGAAGCGUUACCCCAAGUGUUUAGUUUAAUGACGUUAUAUAAAUACAUCACGUGACCUGAAACAGGCAGAUAUAUCUCAAGCAUCCGUAUAUUUCGUCUACUUGGAUCUGAUAUAGCUACCUCGGAGGUCAUAGCACGAGGCUAAAUAAUCAAAGCAUCCGGAUCUCUCUGGUGUGUGUGUGUGCGUGUGCGUG